CAGGAGGCUCCUGCGUAGCCUGGCAACUUGGGCUCACUUCUUCGGAAGUCAAGCCGAGGUUCGCAGCCUGACUCGCCUGGGGUGCGACAAGACUCCAGCCUCCCUGUGCAGACCAUGGCCGUGCCCGUCGACUCAGUCCUGGUCACCAAGAACACCUUCCUGGACUGCAGGUCGCCGUGGCUGGAUCCCGUCGUCCUGCCUCGGAGGCCCAGCUCCGACCCCGCCGCCUCCACCUCCUCGGUGGAUGCCUCGUCGUCCAGCCUGGCCGAGCUCAGCGGCGCCAGCGAGCACACGGACAUGGCCUCGGAGGGCGGCGCCAGCAGCGCGGCGGCGGGAGAGGGCGCCUUCCGUCGGAGGACGAGGGCACAGCGCCGCCGCCAGCAGCGCAGGCAUCUCAAAGACCGGUGCACGGCCUCCAACCCCUCGCAGGAGGAGGAAGCCUCGGCCUCCUCGCCGCGCGGCGCGCCUCCCCCGAGCUGCCUGGUGCGCCGGAGGCGCGACGGCGGCGGCGCCGAGGGCCUGCCAGGGGCGCAGCAGGACCACCUGGUCAGCAAGGCGGGCCGCCAGAGCGGGCCCGCUGGGGACGGCUCUCCGAAGGGGUCGGGCCCCGCCGUCGGCACCGCGUCGACGAAGGUCUCGCUGUGUGGGUCCCCGCCGCUCGGGGCAGCCUUCCGUCGGUGCCCCCGCCUCCCCUCUCCAGGCCCUGGACCUCCCGACAGUUUCGGUUCCCCUCCCCUCCUUCUUCCUCGGCUUAGUUUGAAUGCUGUGUCUCGCGCGUCCCAUCCCCGCAGGGGGCAUGUUUCCAGGAUCGGGGUGUUCUGCGCAGCGAGGUCGAUGCACCCGUAAUGGCGUGCGUUCGUAGAGCGAGUUUGGUACAUGUUGUAUUUCGUUACCCGCGCUUUUCAAGCUGGUAUGCGGGCCAGUUGUUUUGAACAACACGUGCUCCGCCCGCGGGUGUGGCAGCACGUGCAACUUGUUCGAAAGUCUGGACAACACUUCUCCUGACGUUUAGAAUGGAAAGAAAGAUGGGGGAGAGGAUGAUGGUGCGGGCGAGUGCGGGACCCAGGGAGAGUUCUUCAACGCCGCCAAUGCCGACUCGUUUUAUUUCUUCUAAAUGAUAUGGCCUUUACAGGCCCGAUAUACCGUUCGGGACAUCUCCACAUGUUGUAUCUGGACCUGACGUGAACGGCUGUAUGCCAGAGGCCGGAGUGGAGUUCCGAAGUCUUUGAGAGAAGGUCUAUGCUACAGCACUGAUGACUUCGACGACCAAGCUGUACGUGACGACCUGAACACUCAGUGAUACGCAGUCUUUGCUGCGACGUGGGCGAAUAUGCAUGGGUUGCUGCCGUGUGCGACCGUCGGGGGUGUUGCGGCUUUCUGCUGAGCCAUAUAGAGCAGGUCGCAGCAAUUCUUGUUGUUUCACAUACCAAGUUGAGCGGCGGUGCGAGCGUAGACCGAGCUGUUCCCUGGAACGUUCUGUCCUCAGUGUGCCCAGGUUCGGCCGAGCAGUCUCCUCUUCAUCCUUUGCUCUGCUUCAAAGGAAACAUCCAGUCUCCCAGAUCCUGGAGGCCAUCGUGGGCGUAUUGCAGCGAUCUUUCGGCACCCUGUAAUGGGCACGCCGCUGUAUCCCAUGGGCGUAG